CAAUAUUAUUUUAGGAAUUUCCCUUUGUCUCAGUCUUGAUGACUUUGCACUAUAAAACCCCACGAGGCCCGAAAUAAUAAGCAACACAUGAAAAUGUGCAUUUAUUACUUAAAACAUAUAUCUUAAGUAUAUAUAAUUAGUGCUAUACUAUAUACAUAUAUAUCUAAUGGCGGCCCAAAGUUGUCAAUCCGAAAUCGAGCAAGUGAUUCAAUAUUCAUCAUCGUCCCCUGUCACAAUUUCCACCAAUAAUAAUGAUAUAAAUUAUGAUCAACAAAGUUUGCCGACCACUACGAUGAUUAUCUUAGUGGAUAGAUUACUUAAUUCUUUAAGAUCUAUAGUAACAAAAUUUCAUGCAGGAUAUUUCAGAAUCAGUCUUUCACUAGGUGGUCAAGCUUUGCUAUGGAAAAAAUUUAUGGGACCAAGAACAACUAAUGCUACUCAUUCUGUUGUCCUGAUGAUCAACUCGACGUCGACUUUUCUUGUCCUGUGGUCUUUUGCUCUUUUCACACUAAUCUUUCUUUCUCUUAUUUACCUCUUGAAAUGUUUGUUUAACUUUAAGAUGGUCAAAGCUGAGUUUUUGCACCACGUAGGAGUAAAUUACCUUUUCGUCCCUUGGAUCUCUUGGCUACUCUUGCUCCAAACGGCACCGUUUCUCGCCCCUACAACACCCACUUAUUUGAUUCUCUGGUGGAUUUUCUCAGUCCCUGUGGUUCUUCUUGACGUGAAAAUAUACGGCCAAUGGUUCACCAAAGGGAAGAGGUACUUGUCCAUGGCGGCCAACCCUACAAGCCAGUUGUCCGUGAUCGGGAACUUGGUCGGGGCACAGGCUGCAGCUCGGAUGGGGUGGAGAGAGAGCGCGGUGGGGCUGUUUUCCCUGGGUAUGGUCCAUUAUUUAGUGCUUUUUGUGACACUUUAUCAGCGGUUAGCAGGAGGUGACCGGCUACCGGCCAUGCUGAGGCCUGUCUUCUUCUUGUUCUUCGCGGCGCCAAGCAUGGCCAGCUUGGCUUGGGAAUCCAUUGUUGGUGAUUUCGAUAUGGUGUCCAAAAUGUUGUUUUUUCUCUCCCUUUUCCUCUUUCUCUCUCUGAUAUGUAGACCAAUGCUUUUCAAGAGGUCAAUGAGGAGAUUCAACAUUGCAUGGUGGGCAUACUCAUUCCCAAUGACCGUACUAGCUUUGGCUUCAUUUGAGUACGCAGAAGAGGUGAAAGGAGGGAUUGCUCAUGUCCUAAUGCUGUUACUCUUUGGCCUCUCUGUUUUGGUGUCACUCACUUUGGUCGCACUCACUGUCAUAAACACAAAAAUGCUCUUACCCGAUAAUGAUCCUAUUACAACCACUCUUUUUCAUAGUACUAGAAAUAAUUUAUUACCUUUAGUAUCCACCACCACCACGUCUCCUCACUAAUGUCUUUGAUUACUUUCCAAUGGGAUAUAAAUUAAUGUAAGUUUAAUUAAUAAAUACAUAGAUAAAAUUUGAAUUAAGUUUUCCAUGAUGAUAUCA